AUGGGUUUUGGGCAUGGAUAAUGAACAGCCUCAUCAGGAGCUGGUUAAGUGCGUGGUGGUCGGCGAUACAGCUGUCGGAAAAACUCGUUUAAUUUGUGCAAGGGCUUGUAAUCAACAAGUUUCUCUUGCGCGGCUACUUGCUACCCAUGUACCGACUGUAUGGGCAAUUGACCAGUACCGUAUUUAUAAGGAUGUUUUAGAACGUUCUUGGGAUGUGGUGGACAGUGUAAAUGUUUCGUUACGUCUCUGGGACACAUUCGGGGAUCACGAAAAAGACCGCAGAUUUGCAUACGGCCGUUCCGAUGUCGUUCUACUUUGUUUCAGCAUCAACAAUCCUGUCUCCUUGCGCAACUGUCGUUUGAUGUGGUACCCAGAGAUACGACGUUUCUGUCCGAACACGCCAGUUCUAUUGGUAGGUUGUAAAAAUGAUUUACGAUUUAUGUACCGGGACGAAGCAUACUUGAGCUUCUUUCGCGAUCGUAGCCCGUUUGUGAGGGCGACGCGCAAAAGUGACCUUGUCAUGCCCGACGAGGCCCGUGACGUAGCCCGGGAACUGGGCCUUUACUAUUAUGAAACGUCCGUCCUAACUUAUUACGGCGUUAACGAAGUCUUCGAGAACGCCAUCCGAGCCGCACUUAUUGCCCGAAGGCAGCAACGUUUCUGGCAAACUAAUCUUAAGAAGGUUCAGCGGCCGUUACUACAAGCGCCGUUUAAACCUCCUCCACCACCAAAACCUGAAAUAAAAGUGGGUGACAGCGAUUACGGGGAUCAUCUUCGAUACCUAUGGAUCAAUCGCUCUCACACAGAUCUCGUUCUCGUUGCGGGUUCGGUAGGUUUUCCUGUUCAUCGGUUCGUAGUUGCCUCGGCAAGUCCAGCAUUUUAUCGACUCCUGGCGCUGGAACUUAAUGCUGACAUAACUCGUAGUACCAGCGAUUCUAGUAUGGUUAGCUCUUUGGGCGACUUCAGUGAUGACACAGAAAGUCUUAUAAGGGCUGAACAACGUAUAUGGAAACGAAGAGCUAGCUGUCAGACAUUGCCUCCAGGAAGAGAUCUGAACCAUCCCGCAUUUCAGUCCAUCCGCAGUAUUCAGUCUGAAGGACAGACGGUGGUAACCCUUGGGAAAAUGAUUACUCCGAUUGCUAUGAAACAAUGCUUACAAUUCAUGUACACAGGCAUGAUUGAUCAACGACAAGUCGAUUUUCAGGAAAUCCGGCACGCAGCUGAGUUCUUAGAAAUCAGUCAAUUAUGCGAUUUAUUGGUAGAUCUGCAACAAGGUAAUGCAGGGGCGUCUGCCAGACAGAUUCACGAGUCAUGUCUGAAACGAAAAUUCCAGGACGUCUGUCUCGAUCAAAAUCUUUUUGCUGACAUCGUUUUUGAACUAGACGACGGUGCUUGUGCAGCUCACAAAUCUAUGCUCGCUGCUCGUUGCGAUGUGAUGAAGGCAAUGUUCAGCGGCGACUUUCGAGAAAGUCAAGCCAAAGUGAUUGAAUUUCCUGGUGUCAGAGAAUACACAUUUCAUAAGUUGCUCUGUUAUAUGUACACCGACGACAUUCCACCCGUUUCUGCUUCAAGAUGUGUUAAUCUUUUGGAGCUUGCUAAUCGGUUAUGCCUACUUCGUCUGGUUAAUUUGGUCGAAAAACGUGUCAUAGAAGACUUAGAGCACAUGCAGAAUAACGAAACCAUCGAACAAUGUCUUCGACUUUUGGAACCGGUUAAGUUACAUAAUGCUCAUCAACUCGCCGACUGGUGCAUGAACCAUCUUUGCGUAAAUUAUAACAAGUUGUGUAAGAUGUCGCCGCGGAGUUUGCGUCUUCUGCACCCUGAUAAUCAGGCGUACCUGGUGGAGCACCGUUGGCCUCCAGUUUGGUACCUCAAAGACUAUGACUAUUAUCAAAAGUGCAUGGUGGAACGAGAAAGAGAAAACAGACACACCCUAAAAUCCAACUCAGGCUGUUUAUGUUUUUCGCGGAAAGCAGAGUCCGAUCCUGCGCUCGCGGGCCAUUUUUAAGCACUUCAUUUGUGGCAUUCAACCAAUUCCUAUUCAGUUAAUUUAAACACCUAGAUGUACAGAGUGUAGUGAAAUUAUAAACACUAGAACCAUGUUUAGCUCCCUUUCACUGUUAAUUCUUUUUUUUUUAUUAGUAUUAUCAAAAUUAUUAACAGAUUAUCAAAUAAAAACUUAUUCAAUUAUCUACACUCUGUAUUGGUAAAACUGCCAGCCAAGCAACAAACUUGGUACAGGAAGGAAACAGUUUCCGGCCUCUUUUAUUAGCAGUAUACAUAGUGGCAAUUUUGAUACACUUACACUAGUUCCCAGUGGCCUGAAACUGUUCUGGAGAUAAUAUUUUCUAUAUAAGCGCACACAAUUUCGGCUAAAAUAAAAUAUCUAAUUGUCCAAAGGAAAAAAUGUAAAGUUUGGGUAUUACUGUAGAAAAAUAAAAUCAACUUUUGAAUGUCCAA